AUGAAAUUAUGGUUAUUCCUCAGUUUUAUUUUGCAUCAUGUUCAUUCAACCACAAUUGGAUUGAUACCUAAUACUACUGUAACUCGUCUAACAUCCUCAUCUUCAAGCAUAAUGGUUGGUACGAAAGAAGAGUGCCUUUGUACAAUGAUGAUAUCAUCAAAUAUCUCUGCAUUCAAUUAUUUCACCAACAAUACCUGUCAACUCUUUUCAAAUGCAUCGGUGACCGACACAUAUUUUUCGUGGAUGAUCAAUGUCAAUGGGCUAUUUUACUUUCGUUCUCAAUCAUCUCAAAUAGAAACUACCGAUGAAUAUUCUACAACUACUUCUGCACCGACAACAGUAGCUUAUAAUUGUAGCGCAGUGAGUUUAGCUCUUGUGGGUACGACAGUGUUUGGAAAUGCAAAUGGUACAUCAGGCACUUCACUCGGAGAAUUAUCUUUCCCUUGGUAUGUUGGAUUGAAUAGUGAUAAGUCUAUGUUGAUUUCAGACUGCGGCAAUUUCCGAGUACUUCGUGUAUAUGCUAACAAAAGCACUGGUGUAUUAGUCGCACCAGAUAACAUUUGGUUAAUGUCUCGAAGAGUUGUUUAUGAUACUUCUCUUCUAAACUUAUUUGUUCUUGACGCUCUUAACUGUCUUAUGACACGAUACCAUAAUGGAUCAUUGACAACACAAACAGUAUUUGGUAGUACAUGCGGAUCAAAUUUAACGCAAUUUGCGGGAUUUGCCUCUUUCUGCAUGGACUCAGCAGGAAAUUUCUAUAUUGCUGAUAUGAGUAAUCAUCGCAUCAUGUUCUGGAAAGCCAAUGCUACUGCAGGUGUCGUGUUGGCUGGUGUAACCGGCGUGCCAGGCAAUGAUAGUCUUCAUCUUUACUACCCCCAAUAUAUUACACUGGACGAGACACAAGGUCUUUUUUACGUAGCUGAUACAUUUAAUAAUCGCAUACUCCGGUACUCAAUGAACUCAUCGGUUGGCACAGUGGUUGCUGGUGGAAAUGGUGUCGGUCAAGGACGAAAUCAGUUAAAUCUACCAAGUGGUAUUUAUCUUGCAAAGAGUAUCAAUGCACUGUAUAUCGCAGAUACAGUAAACAAUCGAAUUGUACGAUGGUAUCUUGGUGAUUCCGAAGGACAAACGAUUGCAGGUGAUUGUAAUGGUACAGCUGGCACCACUGCACUUCUUCUCAAUACUCCAACAACCCUUACUAUGGACAGUGACGAAAAAUAUUUAUCCGUACAACAAUAA